AUGAAAGUGACUUGGAAAACCAAGAAGAAGAAACCGUUAUCACACUUCACCAACCUUCCCUUUGAACACGACAACGACCAACCCAAUUCACACACUACCCAACAUGAUUCUGAUACAACAACAACACUACGUUCUCCCAAUUCCGAUCAAUCAACACAAUUAGCUCUGCAAUUUCAAUCUCAAGGAGACAGCCUUGCUAUGGAGGGGAAGUAUAGGGAAGCACUGGGUAAAUGGGAAGCUGCUCUUACAUUGGCACCCGAUGUUCCAGCUUUGCAUGAACAAAAGGCCCAAGUUUUACUAGAAAUUGGAGAACCUUGGACUGCUUUAAAGGCUGCAACCCGAGCUACUGAAUUGAAGCCAUCGUGGGCCGAGGCUUGGGUCACACUUGGCAGAGCACAGCUUAAUUAUGGCGAACCGGAUAAUGCUAUUGAAAGCUUUGACCGAGCUUUAUCUCUCAAGCCUGAUUAUGAGGAAGCGCAAGAUGAUAGAAAAGCUGCGUUACGUCUUGUAAAGAAGAGAAAGCAACUUCACUUAUCAGGCUUGAGUGCUACUCAAAAUCGUUAUACUGUAGGCGAUAAGAAUGAAAGCUCGUGA